UUGGUUCCGGUAAGCUGGCUUGCCCAGUGGUCAUGCGGUGCUGGUUGUCCUAAUAAAUACAUUUGGUGCUAAACAGUGUUUGUAUGUGGAAUUAUGCGUUCACUAAUGUUCCCUGCUGGUUUGACCGCACAGCUUGGCUUAAAUGCAUUUGAGCAGAUCCAAAAACCUGUGGUAGGAAGCUGCCACACUACUUGCUUUGCUUCUGAUUUAUGAUGCCAUUCCUGUUUGUCAAUAAAGGAAACGGGUCGUUCAGUAUGUUAAAAGGUGUUGGCUUUGCAUUUACCUUCACUUUAACCUACUGUCAUGAUCAUUGUUUCUGGUUUCCCUAAAUAUCAGCAAAACCAUGAGGUUUCCCUGAAUAUGACGUUGGUUAUAAGUGAAUUUCUGCAUUGAAAAUCUUCUCAAUGCGGUGUUGGCAUACGCAUGCAUCACUAUGUUUUUGGUUUUUUUUUUCAAAAUCAUGUUUGUUUUUUCACCUCAUCUCAUCAUUUCUUUCAGGAUUUCACAUCAUCUGAGACUAAUGUGUCAGAUAUUAAACAGCCAUACUUGUACGAUGAGAGCCAGCUGCCUCACUCAGGUGCAGUGUUGACUGAAAGUACCGAAUCUCUAGUCGAACUUGAAGGAUUGACCGCUGAUGUCAACUCCCCCCUGGAAGCAGAAGACCCAUUAGAAUCCUCUGAACUAGAAGAACAUUCCAAAAUCUCUCCCUUGAAUGCGCCUCCAACUGAUGUCCCUGGCCAAGAUGCCACCGAUGAGAAAUGUACCUUGUCCUCUGAGUCUUCUCCGACGCCGUCAGUGUCCGGCUCACCACAGCUGGACAAGUUGAUCUGUGACCUUGAGGAGAUGAAAGGAAUGUUGACUUGUUCAGAGGAACCUGAAUCCAGAAAUGAAGCGACAGCUAUUCUCUUCGACAAUGAUCUGGCUGAUUUUGAAUGUCUCACUGAGGAGAAAUCUCAAAGACCCAGCACACCGUUUUCACUAGAGGAGGAGGAGGAGGAGACAGAGCAAACCACCGCCUCAGCAGCCGAUCAAAUUAAAUAUAAAGAACUGCUGGACACUUCUGCUGUAGCAAACGACAUCGAAUGUCCCCUGAUGAGUGGUAGCAGUGAAGGACAUGAUUUUGGAAGUGACCGAUGCGUCCCAUCAGUUGAGGAAAGUUCCUCAAAAGAAACAUGUCUGCCUGCAAUGUUCCAUGAGAAUCAGCCUGACACUGAUGCAACGUCUCUCCCCGAAGAAUCAAGUGAAGUGAUCAGUCUGAAUGACAGUAGAGGCGACAUUCAAGAAGAUGACUCGACCUCCUCAUUCUCUGAUUUAGUGGACAUCCACAAAGAAGAAUCCACAGCCCAAGAGCCAGGUGAAGGUGCCCCUCUGCAUGAUGAGGCGUCACUGGACAUGAACCAGUCCUGGGAUUUGCUUCAGGAGACGGCGUCGCCUGCAGAAUAUUUCACUUUUGAGGAAAUAGUCCCAGACAUGUCUUUGUUUGACAAGCAGCCUGAUUUUGGCCACUUGCAUUCUGAGUCAGUGGAUUCCGCUGAUUAUCAUGUCACUCCGCUUGAAUCCAAAGCGCAGACUUUGUCAGCCUCUGAUGAUGACUACAGCUCCCCACCUGCACAACAAAACCUUGUUCCACCAGAAUAUUCCGAGGUCGUGCAAAGCGGUGCUCAUAGUUCAGCCGUGGUUGGAAAUGACCCAGAGCUUUUCUUUGACUGCACCCAUGGAGCGGCAGCGUCCGAAGAGGCAGCUGGAAGUGUGGAGGAAUGUCCUAAACAAGGAAAGAGAGCAGCUGUUCUGUCUUCAGGGAGCGAUGAAGACUACGAGGAUGCUUCUUUCAGCCAUGAAGAACAUGGCAAACUGAAACAGUGGGAUGAUUCCGAUGAGGAAUUCAUCAUGUGUGAGGCAGCCAUCGCUAGGAUGGGGGAGUAUGAGGAUAUCGGUGAAGCGCUGGCGAGGGAAGUCAGCGCGGAGCUGGGACCAAUGUCGGAAAGUUCAGAUGACGAGUUCUUGACAACCAGAAUAGUGCGAAGGAGAGUUGUCAUCAAGGUAUCUGAUUCAAAUGGGCAUGAUAGACGUGAGAUUGGAGCACGACUCUAA